AUGGUUUACGUCGGUAUUCCACAGAACUAUACCACCUCGCCGUCUUCCUUCACCGGGACGCCGUCUCUGACGAUCAAUUAUGAGGCCACCCAGGAUCUUGACUCGACCAAUGCUUUCGAGGGUCCUGAGAAGCUUCUCGAGGUUUGGUUUGCGCCAUCUGCCACCGAGCUUGGUGCUGCCGGCCCCGAGGGCCUCAAGAAGGUCCCCGGUGAAAUUUGGAAGGACAUGCUAGACCUGGUCAACUGCCAAGUGCUAUCUGUCAUCUCCUCGGAGGAGAUGGAUGCCUACCUUCUGUCCGAGUCCAGCAUGUUUGUCUGGCCGCACAAGUUGAUCCUCAAGACUUGCGGAACCACCACACUGCUGUCAGGUCUUCCUCGCAUCCUGGAAAUCGCUGCCAUGUUUGCAGGGUUCCCCCGCGCCACGGCUCCUCCAUCCCGGGGUAUCACGGUGGCUGCGGCCCCUUACCGGGUAUUCUACAGCAGAAAGAACUUCUUGUUCCCCGAUCGUCAGCGUGGUCCUCACCGCAGUUGGCGGGACGAGGUCCGCACCAUGGACAAAUUGUUCGUCAACGGCAGUGCCUACAUGAUCGGUAAAAUGAAUGGGGAGCACUGGUACCUCUACCUCACUGAGCCAGGUACCAUGCUCACCCCACCGGCGAGUCCCAAGGAGGAAGUGACCUUCCAAGAGACCGAAACCAAGGUCCUGAACUUCCCUGACAACCCGCGCACCGACUGCAAUGAACACGAUGAGACACUUGAGGUCCUGAUGACCGAUCUUGACGAGGAAAACGCGAAGCAGUUCUAUUUGGAUAACGCCUCUGCCGUGGCGGAAAAGCGUCACCGUGAAAAGGAAGGAAGCGACGAUCACGUUGACGUCUUCAGCAACACCUCUGACAUGGACGAGGAGACUGGUGGCAUUCUGCCACCCGAGCUGACCACCGAGGGUCACGCCUUGGGCACUGUGGUGUCUGAUUCGUGCGGCUUGUCUGAUGUGUACCCUAAGAGCAAGUUCCCCGACGCUCGCAUCGAUGCAUACCUCUUCACUCCCUGCGGAUUCUCUGCCAAUGGUGUCGUGCCAGCUCCUGAUGACAAGGGUCCCAUCCACUACUUCACUGUGCACGUUACGCCGGAGCCCCAGUGCUCCUACGCGUCCUUCGAGACCAACGUUCCGCACAGCCAGAACGGCAAGGCUACCGCCGAUAUCAUCAAGCAGGUUGUGGAUAUUUUCAAGCCCGGGCGAUUUAGCAUCACUCUCUUUGAGACUAAGCCUUCUCUUGAUGAGGCUGAAGAGGCCAACGGCACACAUGACCCCGAGCAUGCCCAGCGUCACGCUGCUCGCCGCAGCAACAAGAUGGAGCAUGUCGAAGGUUACCGCCGUGUCGACCGCAUUGUUCAUGAUUUGAACGGUUAUGAUCUUGUGUUCCGCUACUACGAACGCAAUGACUGGAAAGGGGGGGCACCUCGACUUGGAGAGGCAGGAUUCUAG